GCGGGCGCAGCCGCGUGCGAGGCUGCCCGGUGAGGCGAGCCCCAGCCCGGCGAGCCCGGCCCGCUGCCGCCCCGGUCGCCGCUGCUCGGGAGAUGCCGUUCGGCGAGUGGGGACCCGCGGCUGCCCUUCGCCUCUGCCGCCGCGGCGGGGACCUCUGAGAGCGCUGAGACACUGCGGCUGCGAGACCCCAACGGCUCUUCCCGACUGCUCUGAGGGGUCAACGCGAGCCUGAGCUCCUGCCUGCCACUGCAGCACGACGUUCCUGCUUGUGGACUCCAGAGAGCCCAACACGAACACCCCCGGAGGAGCUGGCCUGAGUAAAAGACCGUGCGCUCAGUGCCAGUGUCUAAUGGCACCGAAGUGAAGGGGCGAGCGCUGCUCCUGGGGCGCAGCCGGCCUGCCGCAGAUGACCCCUCCUAACUAGCGCCGAGGGGUCGGGAGGGACGGCCGAGGAGGGGAGAGCCCGAGGGGCGAGCCGGGAAGACGAGGAUAGCGGUGUGCGGAAGAGGACGGACCCGCCAGCAGCUUCAAGGCUACCUGUCGACACAUGCUGUGCUCCAUGGCUAACUCGGGCUGCCUCCUUGUCUCCAACUCAGGCAUGCUUCCUCACUCUCUCCCCUGUCCUCCAGCCUUCCUCUACCUCCAACAGGGUAACCAGGACGCUACGGCUCCGCCGGACGCGAUGGCUCAGCCCUACCCUCCGGCCCAGUACCCCCCACCCCCCCAGAACGGGAUCCCCGCAGAGUAUGCACCACCACACCCGCACCCCACGCAGGACUACUCGGGGCAAAGCACAGUACCAGAGCACGCCAUGACCCUCUACACACCAGCACAGAGCCACGCCGAGCAGCCGGGCACCGACGCCAGCACACAGUCCAUAGCAGGGACGCAGACGGUACCGCAGACAGACGAGGCGGCACAGACAGACAGCCAGCAGCUACACUCCUCAGACGCCACAGACAAGCAGCAGCCCAAGAGGUUACACGUCUCCAACAUCCCCUUCCGAUUCCGGGACCCUGACCUGCGGCAAAUGUUUGGGCAAUUUGGGAAGAUCCUGGAUGUGGAGAUCAUUUUCAACGAGCGGGGCUCCAAGGGUUUUGGGUUUGUAACUUUUGAAACUAGCACAGAUGCCGACCGGGCACGGGAGAAGCUGAAUGGCACCAUCGUAGAGGGCCGGAAGAUUGAGGUGAACAAUGCCACAGCCCGGGUCAUGACGAACAAGAAGGCUGCCAACCCCUACACCAAUGGCUGGAAGCUGAACCCAGUGGUGGGAGCAGUCUACGGCCCCGAGUUCUACGCAGUAACGGGGUUCCCGUACCCUGCCACGGGGACAGCUGUGGCCUACCGAGGGGCACACUUACGGGGCCGAGGACGCGCUGUCUACAACACCUUCCGCGCUGCGCCGCCGCCGCCGCCCAUCCCCACCUACGGCGCGGUCGUCUACCAGGACGGGUUCUACGGAGCUGAGAUCUACGGGGGUUAUGCUGCAUACAGAUAUGCCCAGCCUGCGGCAGCAGCAGCAGCAUACAGCGACAGUUACGGCAGAGUGUAUGCAGCAGCAGACCCAUACCACCACACCAUCGGCCCCGCCGCCACGUACAGCAUCGGCACCAUGUGAAACCACGGCCGUUUUCCUUCUGGGACCAGGAAGGGCAAAAACCUCUGUACACACACACACACGCACACACGCACACACCCCCCCGAAAAAUAUACCGAAAAUUCCAAAAAAAUAAAACAACUUAAAGCAAAGCAACAGAAAAAAAUAUAAAAGACAAAAAGACAAAAAAGCAAAGCGGUAACAGCCAAGUGACAGUCCCAUAACACCGUCCACACACGCACCGAGCGAGCGAGUCCCGGAGGAGAGCCGCGGCGAGCACGGACCGGCCGGACACGCCAGAGGGUCCCCGCUCCACCCCGGCCCCCCAGCCCGUGGCAGGGAGGGAGAGUCGGCACGCAUCGAGCGCAGGGCGUCCAGAGGGGCCCCCACCCAGGUGCAGGGCCUGGGCACCACGUCUUCCUUUCAGCCCCGGCGCAGCGGCAGCACUGGGGGUGCCGGCGGAGCAGUGCAGCACGUCAGCCCUGCCCUGGCUCUGGGGACCGGACACCAGGUUGGGAACCCGGAUUCACGUUUCCCUUCCCGAGCUCCAGUGCUUGCCGGUCAUCAGGGUGUCGAGUGUGCGAGGCCCCGGCUCCCGCGUGGAGCUGUGGCGGCGGCACAGCCGCUUCGCUGAGGCGCUGGGCGUUGCAGGGGGAUGAGCCUCAGCCUUUUAAAGGGAAAUUUUGUUAAGAGGAGCUUGCAACUCGCUUGCGAUCCCUUUCCCCUCCCUCCCCUCCCUCCCCUGACACACCCAGGGCUCCCACUCCACAGGGAGCAGUCCUGAGCAAUGCCGCUCAUGGCCCCCCCUGCGCUGAGCCAGAACCAGGAUCCUGCUCCCGCUCCCACCUGCUCCGUGGCAUGGGACACUCUCAUGGCCACCCAUCUCUGUCCAAGACAGCGGGACCCUCCUAGCCCUCAGCACAGGGUCUUGGCCAUGGCAUAGCCUGUGGGGCCCAGCCCAAACCCCCGGGGUUGGUCCGCAGCAGCCAGCACGCCGGGUCCGGUGCCACAAAGCCCUGCAGAGCCCACUCUGGGUCGCAGGCCUGGCCUCGUGCUCAGCCCCUGCCCCCAGCCCCUGCCCCACGUGGCUCUGCCACUCCUCAAACCUCACUUUAUAGUCUGCAGACACCCCAAGGCUCCAGCAACGAGCUCCCCCUUUUCUAUUCCCAGUGUACAUAGCCCCGGCCGCCCUGGCCCCGCGCCCCUGCCCUGUACAAAGCUCCUUCCAUCGCUGUACUGGCUUCUUCCUUACAGCAAAACCCCUGUGCCGGCCGCCGGUGCGCAGGCUGGUGCUGGCCCAUCCUGUAUGCUUCAAAGGUGUGACCAUUCUAAUAAACAGUAUUAUUAUUAUUAUUAUUAUUAUUAUUAUUAUUAUUAUUACAAGGAUUAUUAUUAUUAUUGAAAUUAUUAAUAAAGAUUUCUUUCUUCAA